AUGGCCGUCUUCCUGGGCCUGAUCAUCCCACUCCCCUACACCGUGAAACGGAAGCUCUUUGCUUUCAUCUCGGAGAGUCCAAUAGUAGCGAAGCUACAAUACGGAUUGAAGAUCACGUUCAUCUUCAUCCUCAUCCUCUUCAUCGAUAGCGUCAACCGCGUGUACCGUGUGCAGCUUGAGCUGGCUGCGUUUACCAAGGAAGGCGGUGCUGUGGGGGCUGCUGCUCUCGGCGGCGAUCGCAUGGAGGUCCAGGCCCGCAAGUUCUACUCGCAACGCAACAUGUACCUGUGCGGCUUCACGCUCUUCCUCUCGCUGAUUCUCAACCGCACAUACUUGAUGAUUCUGGACGUGCUUCGGCUUGAGGACAAGGUCAGACUGCUCGAGGGGGACAAGAAGGCCAGCGGCAAGGACGCCGCCCGCAUCGCCGAGGCCGGCGACAUGGGCGAGAUCGGUCGCUUGAAGAAGGAGCUGGCUGCCAAGGAACGCGAUCUAGAGACCCUGAAGAAGCAGACCGAGGGCCUGAGCCGCGAGUACCAUAAGCUCGGUGACCAGGUCUCAGGCGCCCCCGACAACACCCCGAAGAAGGACAAAUAA